UGUUCUUCGGGAAACUCUCAAGGCGAAUGCUCUCCACGUCUAAUGGCACGCCAUGCAACCCGUCGCUGCAAUUAGAACAGAAGCUGAAGCUCCCCCCAAGCUCCAGUCAAUCGGCAGUCAUUAAUAGAGACCAAAACUUCUCGCAAAGCAGGCCCUGCUUACAAACUCGACCGAUAGGUUGGACGUGAAAUAAAAUCAAUUCAAUACCGUUCUGGACUGGAUAUAUCUAUGCGAAUUGGGCAGCUAAUUAUACAAGGCGAUCUAACUAGUCGAGAAUCUUCUGCUGCCCGGUGGACGACGAGUUCCGGUUCGAGUUGGCUAGUUGCCAAUUGCAGAUCGAGUCAGCCACGAUGACCACCUACAUGCAGAUUGUUGAGGAGCGAAUCUCCGGCCUGGCCAAGGGCGUGGAUGAGACGGUGGAUAGCUGGUUCCUUAUGAGCUCCCCGGCACCAGUAGUUGGAGUGGUGCUGGUCUACCUCGCAUUUGUGCUGAAGAUUGGCCCCGAGUACAUGAAGAACCGCAAGCCGAUGGACCUAAAGCGCAUAAUGGUGUUCUACAAUGCCUUCCAAGUCUGCUACUCCAUUUGGAUGUGUCGCACGUCCAUCCGGGAGAGCAAUGUGAUGGCCUCGAUCUUUUCGAAGAAGUGCGAGAUUACCCGCACCCGGGAACAGACCUUGGCCCUGUACUCCGGCGCCUGGUUCUACUUCUUCUCGAAGAUCAUCGACCUGCUGGACACGACAUUCUUCGUGCUGCGCAAGAAGGAUAACCAAAUAUCGUUCCUUCACGUCUACCACCACACAGUGACGGCGCUCUUCUCGUGGGCCUACCUGAAGUACGUGCCCGGAGAGCAGGGCGUGAUCAUUGGCAUCCUCAACUCCGGCGUGCACAUCAUUAUGUACUUCUAUUACAUGGUGGCCGCGAUGGGUCCCCAGUACCAGAAGUACCUCUGGUGGAAGAAGUACAUGACCAGCAUCCAGCUGAUCCAGUUCGUCCUCAUCCUCGGCUACAUGCUGGCUGUCGGCGCCAAGGGGUGCAACAUGCCCAAGACACUGACCUUCUUCUUCGUGGGCAACACCGUCAUCUUCCUAUACCUCUUCGGCAACUUCUACCGCAAGACCUACAAGAAGGCCAAGACCGUCGACGGCGCAGGAUCGGCCACGGGCAGCAGUCUGGCCAAGUCCGCCCUGCGGGCCGCCGGCGGAAUGGGAUGCAUGCCGCAGACGAUGAACGUGGGCAACGGAAAGUCGGCAGCCUUCAGUUUGCAGAACUCGCUGCCAGGAAAGGCCUACAUCGAUCUGAACAACAACAGCGUGAAGCCGCUGAAGCUGGAGUGAGACCGAGAGCUAGAGGAUUUCCAGGGGUUUCACUUAGCAAUUACUUUCGUAGCGCGGGGCUUCAGAAGUUAGUUCGUAAGGUAUCCGUAUCCGUAUCUGUAUCUGUACAUCUGUAUCUAUAUCUGUGUUUCUGUAUCUUUGAAUGCAGGAGAAAUGGCCAGCGUAAUGUUUAUGCCGGACAGGCGAAGAUAUUUCAACCCAAAAAGUAGCUAGAACCCUAAGUGUGCGAAUGUUUACGUGUUUAUGUUUUUCUAGCCAGAGUGUCUGUGUGUGCGAGCGAAUGUGUGAUAGAGUUUAUUAAUGAAAUGCAGCCGUAAAUCGUUUCUCGAAACAAGAACAAGAAAAAUUCAAUAAAACUUUGGUUUUUGUAUAUUUAA